AAAUAAACGCUGAUAAAUUAAACUUCAGUGCAGUCUGGUGGGUAAAGUCUACGUCAACGCAACCAAGUUUUCUAUAGAUGGCGCAUGUCUUCCCGUAAUGCAAUCUUUUCAUUCCACUGAGCCAUUAGAUCGGCAACAUGAAGAGGAAUCCAUUAUGCAGCUCCUCCAGGAGGAAGAACCGUAAGCGAUACUUCAAUGCGCCCUCACAUGUGAGGAGGAAGCUGAUGAGUUCUCCUCUUUCAAAGGAACUCAGACAAAAAUACAAUGUCCGCAGCAUGCCUAUUCGCAAAGAAGAUGAAGUACAAGUUACCAGGGGCCAUUACAAAGGUCAGCAAGUUGGAAAGGUGGUUCAAGUUUACCGCAAAAAAUUUGUCAUCCAUAUUGAGCGUAUUCAACGAGAAAAGGCUAAUGGCGCCCAAGUUAAUGUUGGUAUCCACCCAAGCAAGGUUGUCAUUGUCAAACUGAAGUUGGAUAACGAUCGUAAGAAAAUCAUCGCCCGCAAAGCUGCCUCUCGCCAACAAGCUGCAGACAAGGGUAAACACACAGAAGAAUCUGUUGCUAUGACAACAGAAUAGAGUGUUUGAUUUAUAUGGUGAAUAAAUUAUCAUGAUGGUGUACAGAUAA